AUGCGUUACACCCGUACUGGAAAGAGCCAUUUUGCUAAAAGGUUUUCAGAUAGGUUUAUAGAUGGUGAUGAUUUGAUCUUUAAUGACAGUAUUAGCAAGGAUCUUUUCACACAAGGACGCUUUGAUGAUCUUAACGAGCUUGCUCGAAAGAGACUUGGUGAAUAUAGUGGUGAUAAAAUAAUCUACCAACCAAUAGAGUUCACGGCUAACAAGAUGAAUUUAAAAGUUGCUGUUGAUGGAGGUUAUACUUUUGUUGAUGUUAAUAAUUUUAAAGAAAAAGAUGAGGCUUUCUUAGAAUUUGCUGAUGAGUUAGAGAAAGAACAUUAUGAACCUACAGGAUUUAUAGCUUCGGGAUCUCGUACCAGCUUUAUACAUAAAUUCUGCAAUAUCGUAAUCAAUUGCUAUCCAAAUCAAGUGAAUUUUGCAGACAAUUUUGGGACUGUCGUUUCUGCGGUUCAGGAAAAUUUGAAGUAG